AUGUCUGGCAUUAACUCCAACAGUGACAAAGGCUCCUCGAAGCAGUACGAGCUAAUUAUUCGAUUUGUGGGAAAUGUCAAAGACCUCGAAAUUCCGCUAAGUUCCGAGAUACAGCUCAAAGACGUUUCGACGCCGUUUAUCCGCAGGCGGAUACGCGGUGCCAAGCCUGCGCUGGCGCGCAAGCGGCUCAAGUUGAUUCAUAACGGUCGAGUUUUAAUGAAUCACACAGAUUUCGAGAAAGAGUUAGGAUAUUACCGCAAUAUGGAGCACGAAGCGGGUGCGCCAGUGCGCAUCUACAUCCAUUGUAUGGUUGGUGAGGAUUUGACGGAUGAAGAAUUGGCACACGAAGAAAAAUUGGAAAAACAACCUCAAAAAUCAACUACGGAGGCGCCAAAAGGUUUUGACCGCUUUCUUUCUCAAGGAUUUUCGCAGCAGGACGUUGCGGAUCUCCGCAGCCAGUUCCGGCGCAUACAUGGCGGGUAUCUUUCUGGCCAAUCAGAGGACUCGAUGCUGAAUUUGGAAGACCGUUGGAUUGACAGUACGGUAAAUAAUGAGAUUGAUGAAUUUCCCGCAGGGUUGGAGGCCUCGGGGGACACGCAGGCCGGAGGAGCGCCUGGGAACGGCGCUGGGGCGCAGGCAGGCGGCGCUGCCAAUGGUGCCAACCAAAAUGGCGGCUUUGUGAGUCGAUCCGUUAACAUUCACAAGGACUUGUUUGUAGGUGUUUGCAUUGGAUUUUUCUUGGGUGUCUUUGCCGUCCUUUUGUUGUCUAUGGAUAUCCAGGGGGUGUUUAACAAGCGCACGCGCAUGGCUAUAGUUUCUGGUGUGAUUGUCAACAUAAGUUUUGGAAUAUUGAAGGUAUGGUCUUAG